UCCCACUGCCAUUUUCUCUGAAUCAAAGCUUCAUACCGUCAUGGGGAAGACCAAGGCUCAGUACUAUUUAACUCUUUCCAUGAUGAUGUUAUUCUACAGUUUCUUCACAAGCCUAGUCGAUGGGGUAACAAACAUCAGCACUGAUCAAGAUGCUCUUCUUGCCCUCAAAGUUCGUAUCGUUGGUGAUCCUAAUAGCCUAUUGACAACAAAUUGGUCUACUGCUACCUCUGUAUGUACCUGGAUAGGCGUGACUUGUGGAGCUCGCCAUAACAGAGUUACAGCUUUAAAUCUUUCUCACAUGGGCCUCGCAGGGACAAUUCCUCCUCAUCUAGGAAACCUGUCAUUCCUAGUAUUCAUCAAUUUCAACAAUAACAGUUUUCAUGGGUCUCUGCCAAUGAGCUUUCCAAAUUACGCAGGAUGAAAACCUUCACGUUCUCAACCAACUCCUUCAGCAGUGAGAUCCCAUCAUGGAUAGGGGCUUUCACUCAUCUUCAACUAUUGAAUCUAAGUUCUAACAACUUUACAGGUAUUCGGGUGCCUAAAUAUGUUUGCAGUUUUAUACAUAGGUGUUAUCCCCACAUCGUUAUUCAACCUUUCAAAACUCAGUAUUUUUUAUUUGUCUUCUAAUAAUCUACAAGGUUAUAUUCCAGAAGCAAUCGGAAAUCUCUAUAGCCUGAGACUUUUGUCUUUGGAGAAAAAUGAAUUUUCAGAUUCCAUACCCUCUAGUAUUUUCAAUAUUUCUUCACUUGAGCAAAUUGAUUUUAGCAAUAACAGGUUUUCAGGUGCCAUGCCAGCCAUCUUAGUUAACAACACCAUGUCUUCACUUCUGAUGCUUGAUUUUGGGACCAAUAACCUAAUAGGUCUCCUCCCGCCAAAUAUGUUUACCCAAUUUUCUAAUUUGGAAAAGUUGUAUUUACAUUCCAACCUAUUUUAUGGUCCAAUUCCUUCCACUUUGAUCGGAUGCAAGCGAUUAAAGAUUCUAUCUUUGUCUAACAAUCAUUUUGAAGGAAGAAUACACAAGGAUAUUGGGAAUUUGACCAUGCUUCAAGUCUUACAUCUUGCUAGCAACAACUUCAGCGGUAGGUUUCGCUUUUGCUCUUAUUCUUUUACAUGUUGAAAAUAUAUAGGCAAGAAUAUAGAAGUUGUCGGGAUAAUAAUAUGAAUGGUUACUUAAUUUUUUACUUA